AUGGCAUCCACCACUACUUUGGUGCUUUUGGCUUUGCUCGCCCUAUCAGCCACCGCCCGCUAUACGAGACCACACCGUCACCACCAAUCUCAGCCAAUCGAGAUCAUUGAGAUCGACGAGAUUGUGGUUGAAGAAUCAGGAAGCGGCUCUGGGUCUGGAAGUGGUUUGGAAGACGACGUUCAAGCAGCUUCUGGCAGUGGCUCUGGAAGUGGAUCUGGUUCAGGAAGCGGUUCAGGCUCCGGCAGUGGUUCUGGCAUCGAGGAAUCUGGCAGCGGCUCUGGCAGUGGUUCAGGAAGCGGCUCAGGAUCUGGUAUUGAAGAAUCCGGCAGUGGAUCUGGUUCAGGAAGCGGCUCUGGCUCAGGAAUCGAAGAAUUCGGCUCUGGAAGUGGAAGCGGCUCAGGUUCCGGUGUUGAAGAGUCUGGCAGCGGCUCAGGAAGUGGAUCCGGAUCUGGUAUCGAAGAAUCUGGCAGUGGAUCGGGCUCCGGCAGCGGCUCAGGAUCUGGUAUUGAAGAAUCUGGAUCUGGCAGUGGCUCAGGAAGCGGUUCGGGUUCCGGAAUUGAAGAAUCUGGAAGUGGAUCUGGCUCCGGAAGUGGCUCUGGACUUGAAGAAUCUGGCUCUGGCAGUGGAUCCGGCUCUGGAAUCGAAGAAUCUGGCAGCGGCAGUGGAUCUGGCUCUGGUAGUGGAUCGGGCUCCAACUAA